CGCCCCCCUCGCACGGAUAUAACAUCACUCCCAGCACGUAGCGCCGGCCGUCAUGCGGGAUACAUAUGCCGUCGCAACUUAAUUUAAACGGGGCCUCGCGCUCCCCCGCGCGGGGUCGGGCGAGCCUUGAGAUCGCGAGACAGCGCUGCGACGAUUGGUCGUCCGCCGCCGCACAACCGGCCGGGUGUCCGCUGCAGACCUCUACCGCCCGACCGCCCGCCGCCGCCGUCGCCGCCACCCCCGCUGCCGCCCUGCACGCCCCCUCCCCCAGACAACAGGCAAGCAGGUCGCAAUGACGUCGGGCCAGUGCAGCAUGCUUUUCGCGCGCCUCGCGUCAAACAUUGGCCGGGCGCAGGCUGCCCAGGAAUUGAAAUGGCUCAGACAGCACGCAUCAGGCGGGCACGCCCCCCUCCAGAAUCUACUGGCAAGGCGCGUCGCAGGCGAACCGCUGCAGUACAUACUGGGCUCACAGCCCUUCGGCGACCUCGAG